AUGACUCUUGGCUCUCUCCUUCAGGCCAUGUGGGUCUUUGCCCUGCUCCCACUCAUCUUCCCGGCCCUGCUGCCCACAGCCGGCACUGCCAACCCAGGCCAGCCCUGCCCAUCAGAGAUGAGCAAGGUCAAGGAUCUCCUGGAGGUGAACUGCACGGGGCAGGCUCUCAGCGCGGUGCCCCCAGACCUGCCUGCAGACACGGGCAUCCUGCUGCUCAGUGCCAACCACCUGGCAUCCCUCUCCACCACCGCCUUCCUGCCCCUCACCCAGCUGCAGGACCUAGACCUGGCCAACAACGGGCUGGUGGCUCUGCACACCACGUCGCCACUGCCGUCCCUGAGGGAGCUGAUCCUCUCCCACAAUGCCCUGGGGGCCCUGCCCGCCCUGCAGGGCCUGCCUGCGCUCACCCACCUGGCCGUGGCCCACAACAGCCUGGUGACACUGGCCCCGGGGGCUUUCUACACUGUGCCACGGCUGCAGGACCUGGACCUGCGAGGGAACCAGCUGCGGACGUUGCCCCAGGAUGCCUUUGCAGGGCUGAAGGCACUCAAGUACUUGGACCUCUCAGACAACCUCCUGGAGGAGCUCCCCAAAGAGCUGCUGCAGGAUCUGCAAAACCUGGAGACCCUCUGGCUCUCAGGGAACCGCCUGCGGAUGCUGCCCAAGGACUUCUUCCCCAAGGACCAAUUCUUUGCAUACGUCUUCCUCACUGAGAACCCCUGGCAUUGCGACUGCGACCUGCGCUAUCUGCGGACCUGGAUCCUUAGGAACGUGGACAGUGUCUAUCAGCCGGAGCGGGGCCUGGAGAAGACAAAGGUGGAGGUCGCCCCUGAAAAGGUGCUGUGCCACAGCCCCCCUGAGCAUUGGCAGAAGCCCAUCAUCCACUUCAAGCCCAACUGCAGCGAUGUGGGGGAUGUGGAAGAGGAUGAAGAGGAGGAUGAUGAGGAAGAAACAAUGGAGAAAGAGACCAUGAUCACUUUCUUCCCCUCACAUCCACCCUUCCCCAAAGAGCACACUACCAUGAGCCGUGCUGUUACCUGGCCUCCCCUUGCUACCAAAAGACCUCCCUUCAGCACACCCAGUAGCUCUACCCUUGCUGCAGGCACUUUGCUUGUGAUGCCUGCAAGCACCAGAUCUGCCAACACCACCACUCCUGCGCCAGCCAGUCCCACCAUCACACCCACACAGACCCCCAGCACUGCUGCUGUCCUCAUUGCUGCUCCAGCCAGCACUCCGCACAGAUCCAUCACCCUUGUCUCCACCACCUCGCUGCCAACCACUAUGAGCACCAGACUUCGCAACACCAGCAGCCAUCCCCAAACCACCCCUGCUGCCAGCACUACCAACACCUACGCCACUCUCAUAGCGUCCACUGGCAUGUUUUCCACCACCUCCACAGCAGUGCCUUCUACUGCCAUGCUAGAGGCCUCUUCCAUUGUCAGAUCUUCAUCUCCUCCUCUGACGCUGACCACACCAGUGGCCUCCACCACCGUGCUUUCCACUCAUGCCCCAACACCACGAGCUCCCCUGGACACCAUACGCUCCACCCAGCCUGCACCUUCCUCUCCACCUGCGCCUCCGCCCCUCUGCCUGUGCUCCACCCCAGGACUGGCCACACCCAUGCUGUGCUCGCGGGCAGGUGGGGAGGGUCUGCAGUGGGGGCAGCGGGUGCUAAGACAUUGCUGCCUAUUGCACUGGGUGCUCUACCUGGCGUCCUUGGCUCUGCUGGUCCUGACCAUGCUGGCUCUAGCAGGCUGGCUGGUGUGGAUGUGUCUGGUGGGACGGCCCUCCUGGCACAGGUCCCUGCAGACCCAAGAGGUGCAGUAUCCACUGCUGAGGUGGAGAGAGUUGACAAGAAGCCCUGUGAUGCAUCUCAGCAGCUUCAGGAGCCCCCUCCAGCGCCCCAUGUUCUGUACCAUCAAGGAAGUGGAGUUGUGCCCUGAGGUCACUUACUGCACAAUUAAAGACCUGGGGAUACAGAACAGUUCUUCCACAAGUUCCUCCUUCUGCACCACGAAGGAGCUGUGGGUCCACCACAGUUCUCUGAAUGCCUCGUUCCAGUCUUUCUCCAGGAAGCUGGUGGUCACAAACCUCAGCUCCCUGAGGACCCCUUCUGCUUACAGCCUGGACAAGGGUGUCAAGGCCAUUGGUGAUGUCAGAGUGAAAUAUGCUGGCAACAGCUUGUAA